GUCGUGUCAAAAGGGGUAAUUAGAGAUCUCUGUCUGUUUACAGAGGCCUCACAGCUCCUCCGUGGCCACCUGCAGGAGUUGUGCUGGCUCCUGCCUGUGCUGGCGGGGCAGGGGGUUUAGCUUCUUUGCUCGUGUUUAGCUUCGUUCUUGGUCAGAGCAGUGAGAAACUGCCUGGGGGGACGGAACUGACCGCUUACCCUUCUGAGGAGCUCGGUCGGACAGGCUGGAUUCCUGUCUCCUCACGGGUUCGGUCUGGCUGCUGUCAUAAACAUGCCACUGUUCUAAAAAGGGGAUUUUGAGGGUUUAAAGCAAGGCAGGACAUCAGUGACAAACAGUGGUGUACGUGGUGGGGAGUUGUGUUUAUUUUCUUUUCAAAUUAGAGCUACGUUCACUGGUCGGGGCUCCAGGAUGGACGCAGGAGAGUUUUGAAUGAAAGGAGUUACCAGAAAAUAGAACCUUGUGAUCCAUCUUUUCAGUGUUGAGGCAUUUGAAGAGACAUUUGUGUCUCCAGUUCAAAGUCAAACCAACAUCAACAAGCCCCGCUCAGGGGGAUGCACACACACCCCAGCUGAAGCAGGGGCAGGAGGCUCUUCAGGGCAUUUCAGCUGGGCUCGGAGAGAGUUGGGCUCUGUUGGGAGGCCGAAGGGGAGCUGAGCGGGGCCCUCCUGCCGUGUGGUGUUUGCAGUGUUGGCUGGAGAUACAACAACAGGAAGUCGGGAGAGUUUCACGUGCCUCAGAAGCGUGACACAGCACAGGCGGCAUCAAUUGUCUGAAAAAUGGCUGAAUCGUGUUUUGUCAGGAUGUGCGUAGUUGUGUCCUUAGGAAGUGUCUCUUCCGCAGAGUGACAUCCUCGUCUGUGUGUGGAGUGGCCGUGGGGCUCCGUGCUGACCACGCUCCGUCUGCUGACCCCUCGCCGUGGUAACUGCUGACCCCUCGUUGUGGUGACCACUGCCCCCACGCCGUGCUGGCCCUUCACCGUGCUGAGCCCUGGGUGAUGCCGGCCCCUGCCCCGCCGUCCUGGCGGGCUGAGGCGUGAGGGCGGCACCACGGCGGGGCCGGCCCGGCCCACGCGCUGCAGGGUGGUCAUCUACCUGCAGAAGGCCAUGUCGGGGGACACGUGCCUGGGCAGCGCCCUGUGCCCGGCCGCCGGACACAAGCCCAAGGCCGGCGCGCUCAAGGGCGGCAGCCUGGGCAACAAGUACGUGCGGCUCAACGUCGGGGGCUCCCUGUACUACACCACGGUGCAGGUGCUCACCAGGCACGACACCAUGCUCAAGGCCAUGUUCAGCGGCAGGAUGGAGGUGCUCACCGACAAGGAAGGCUGGAUCCUUAUAGACCGUUGUGGGAAGCACUUUGGAACAAUAUUAAACUAUCUCAGAGAUGACACGAUUGCACUUCCAAAACACAGGCAGGAGAUCAAAGCCUUGAUGGCAGAAGCCAAAUACUAUCUCAUCCAGGGCUUAGUGGACAUGUGCCAGGCAGCCCUGCAGGACAAGAAAGACUUGUAUGAACCUGUCUGCAGCAUCCCUAUUAUCACCUCUCCAAAAGAAGAGGAGAGACUGAUAGAGUCAUCAAUGAAACCUGUUGUUAAACUGCUGUAUAAUAGAAGCAACAAUAAAUACUCCUACACCAGUAACUCUGAUGACAACUUGCUGAAGAACAUCGAGCUGUUUGACAAGCUGUCCCUGCGGUUCAACGGCAGAGUGCUGUUCAUCAAGGACGUGAUCGGGGACGAGAUCUGCUGCUGGUCCUUCUACGGGCAGGGCCGCAAGCUGGCCGAGGUAUGCUGCACCUCCAUCGUCUACGCCACCGAGAAGAAGCAAACCAAGGUUGAGUUCCCUGAGGCACGGAUCUAUGAGGAGACCCUGAAUGUCCUGCUGUACGAGACACCCCGGGUCCCAGACAACUCCCUGCUGGAGGCCACGAGCCGCAGCCGCAGCCAGGCCUCGCACAGCGAGGAUGAGGAGGGGCUGGAGCUGCGCGAGCGCGUGCGCCGCAUCCACGUCAAGAGGUACAGCACCUACGACGACCGCCAGCUCGGCCACUAGCUGGGCUGGGCCUGCGGCAGCUGCAGCUCCCCUCCUGUCCCUGGGCAGGAGGGGCAUCCCUGGACAGCCAUCUUCACGGGGCGCCUCGGCCCCUGGAAAGGCAGCGGGGAUUUGUGUGCACAGAGCAGCACUGAAGGCCAAGGCCUUGCAGAACUGAGGUGUGAGUUGUGCACCUUGUGCCGUACCUGCAGGCUGGCCCCUCCUUCUGCUGGGAGGGGGAUGUGGAAUGCUGGUUCUCGGUUUGUGGUUGCUCUUUCCUAGCCAACGAUUUGCCAGUUUCCCCCUUGCCGGGAGCAGCACUGCUCUUCCUGAGGGAGGUUGGGCGGUUUGAAAAGCUCUUUCCAGACAGCUCCCCUUCCAGGGCCUUGUACAAUGGAACUUGCAGUUAUUAAAUCAAGAUACUGAAGAGAGAACUUGAAUGUGGCUGCUCUUGGCAGACCCUACAUGGGAUGACCCCCCGCAGAAAUGUUUGGCUGGCCAGUCAGCUGCACCUGUGCUCUCCCAGCCCUGUCCCCAGAUCACCUGCAAAGGUUUGUGUUCCAGGAUGGUGUCUUUAAAACUCAUUGAUUCCUAGGCAAGCUCUUCCAAAGUGGUGAGAAUCAAGUCAUCAGCCUCUCCAUGUGAAAAGUGGAAGUCUCUGAAGAUGUAAAUGUGUAGGUAGUGACUUGUCCUGGGAGAGGGGGAAAUGGGUAUGGUGAGGGAAGAAACCUGAAGUAAGCAAACCUGAGCAGAUUGUGGCACUGUUGCCCUGGUUGAAGCUUGUCACUGUGAAAUCCUGUUUAUAUAAACAAGGGCAAUCUGGGGAAUUGCUUUUACAUUCCUCCUGUGGCCUAAAAGUGCUAUUUGAUGUUAAAUUUCUCAAGCAGCAGGGAAGAAAUUGCAGCGGCUGGAGAAGUACAGGCUAAACAGUGUUUUCUAAGGCUAGAACAUGUGAGUUCAAGUUCUGUGUCCUGAAUCCCUUCUAGAGGGUAGAAGUUGAAGAAGAAAAACAGCUGUGAAAAUAUUGUUCUAGCAUGGAACUGUGAGAGGCUUUGGGCAUAGCAGAGAGUUGGCUUAUACUGGCUUUUAAACUGAAAUAAUCACUUUUAUUCUGAGUGCUUGGCUGGGUGCUGAUUUACAGGGCACUUCAGGAGGUGGGGGUCAAGUCUGCUCUGAAAAUUUGGAAAUUUCUGGAAUUUUUCUGGAAACAGUUUCAAGUUCAGUAUGAAAAGCCAUUGUUGUACUUUUAAACAUUUGCUUGUAUGUUUGAGCUGUAGGUAGCAGUUUUGCCACUGUCAUGGUAAUUCCUGCUGGCUGCCCACUGGAGCCAGGGAUACUUUGGAUAUAUUCCACAGCUGCCUUUGUGUUCCCAUAUCAUUCCUGGUCACAAAGCUCCAGAUUCCACAAUGGUCAGUCCUGAACUGCUUUGACCAGUGCCAAAUCCACCUGUAAGAUUUAAAGAAAAUUACUGCAAAACCCUGACAACAAAAUGAUCCCAAAUUAUUGCAGGGAGUUCCGAAGGAGAAUUGAGAUCUAGAUGGUUUGGGAGUAAUGGAAGCAGGGGAGGGAGCAAAAAAUUAUUUGCACUCAUUUAGGUUUUUGAAAAUUAAAAUAUUGUGGGUUAGUAAGAAAACACUAACAGACUUAGGAUUUUCUUGCCUCUACACGUGGCAGGAUUCACUUAAUUCUCCUCGCAUUCAGGAAGCAGCAUUGCACAGGGAUGCACCUGCCUUCUUGUGAAAGGCCUCUUGAAAUUUCUAAUAAUCCUAGCAAUCUCUUUUAUACUUCUUUCUGUAAGUUUUUGUUUUCCAGCUGGUUAUUCUGUUGUGCCAGGGAAAAUACAGCUGUUGAGGUUUAGUUUCAACAAAGAUUUUUGUGAUAUUUCUCUCUAAUUCUGCUAGAGUGUGAUGUGGAUUUUAAAAAUUUUUUCCCUCCACUGAUGCUAUUUAAUUAGAAGCCACCAGCAGAGGCUGCAGUGAUGGGGUCUUUGUGCUGCAUUUAAUAGCUUCAAGUUAUUAUCUUGUGCUUUUUCUGUCUUGUAACAAAGGCUGAUGCCAUUUAAAAAAACACGCGGCACUUCUGUUUCUUGGCAAAUGAUUUACAUUAUUUUUUCUUGUUACUAUCAUAGUGAAUGUUAACAGAGUAAGUAAGUGAUGCUGAUUGCCUUGCAAAACUGUGUUUAAAUGAAGUUAUAAGCAGAAAAAUGUCAUAUUUGCUUUUAUUUUUUCUGGGGAGGACAGGUGUGGGAAGGAGUGUGUGAACGAGAGUGUCAGAUCCCUGUGCUACUCCAGAGGCUUUCUGUACUCACAGAGUCAUUAACAAAAUGGACCCAACUUGUGAAUUGUUACACUGUAAGAAGCAGAGGAAAGCCCAUGUUUUGGUUUAGUUUUCCUUUCCCUAUUUCCCACAGCCAACAAGUAGUAAUAAUUUCUGAUUUGAAUUUAGAUUAAUUAACCUGGGAAGCAAACAGUUUUGAGAACCAUCUGGGUUGUGAGAAUCUUUUACCAAGUGUGAAGGAUCUUCUGGGUGUUUGUGGAAUGUGGAAUAUCAGUAAGAACUGUCAGCAGUUGUGCUCAGGUUUGAAAUACGUGCAGAUAUCCUUUCCCUUUCACUGUGGGCUCUCCUGAGUCCUGCUUGUCUGGAGCUGCUCCAGCACGGGGUGUCACUGAAUCUGCCUUGCCCAAAUCAUGCCCUGCUCCAGUCUCUGUCCCACCAGGUUCUGCUCAUUUCGAGUACUGGAGCUGAGAUGUAACACAUGCUUUGUAUUCUCACCUUAAUCAUUCUUUACGUGAUUGAAGGCUAUUAAUUAUUGUGGCAGGAAUGUUCUAGACAUUCUAGAACAUAAGAUUACAGCCAGUGUAGUGCAGAAGCAGCAGCAGGGAGCAGGGUGAUGCAGUCUAGAGGCAGCAUUGGUGGGUUUGCAGUGAGCUCUCCAAGGAUUUCUGCUCAAAUUAAGCUCAGAUUAAGACAGUACAGGUUUCUAAUUGUAUGUGUUUGUCUGCAAGUUGAGACUUGUACUGGCUUCCACCCAGACCAUCACCAGUGGGUGCAUUAACAGGAAUUUGGAGCAGCCUUUGGGAGAAAAAAGAGCCUUUUUGCCCCACUUGUAGGGUGUGAAUUGUAACUACAUCAGCUGUCAUUCUUACAGGACUCACUGUCUCUUCACUCCUAAAUUGAGUCCAAGCCCUGUGCAUGCAGGCAGUGCCCUGAAUGAGGGAGUGAGUGUGUGCCAGCCGUGCCCAGCCCUGUGCCCCAGGGCUCUGGGGUGUUUCCGAAACGCAGUGCCCGUGCCCUGCCAGCCCUCGGGCCCUCUGCAGGGAGGGAGGGAGGGAGCCCUGGCUCGGGGUGAUGGGGCAGCAGGGGCACAGGGGAGAGCUCUGCAGGGCUCAGCUCCGGCUGCUGCUCAGUGCCCAGACACAGGCACUGCUUAACCUUCACCCUGACAUUCUGGUUUUUGAGCAGGAGACAUUUAUCCUGCUGCAAUGUUCCACUCCAGUGACUUUGGUCUUUUGCACUUGUUGGUUAAAACAGAAAAUAAGUGAUGGACAGGGAGGGUGUUGGGGGGACCAUGCUGUCACCGAGAGCUGCGUUUGAAUGGGCAUUGCUUACUGUGGGCUUGGUUUGAUUUUGUUCUUCUCGAGGUUUUUCAUUUUCGGACAGAAUUCUCUCCAGGCAAUACUGGGGAUAGACCUGAACUGGAUGGGUCUGCCCAGCAGCCCCUGCCUACACACUGAGGUUGUGUUCUGUGACAAUCCUUGGCAUUCACCUCGCAGCCACCUUCCCCCGUGCUGUGGGACAGAGUCCUGUUCCAGCCCUGCCCUCCCAGGGGACAGGCUCUGUUUUCUGCAUGUGUGUCACUUCUCCUCCUCCUAUGGAACGAGUAACACCCUCCCCUACCUCACAGGGUGGCUGACACUUAAUUUGUUUAUUGAGAGUAAAGGAUUCUUUCGGAUUUCUAUGAUAUUUUAUAUACAGAGGAUAACAAAUAUGAUUGCUGAUCUUGUUUAAAUUGACAUUCUGUGAUCAAGUUAUUUUCUUAGAGAUUCAGUCUUUGUUUUAUUUUCAUGUCUAACUUUUAAGGGUCAGUUUUACAGAAAAAGUACCUAGAUAAUGCAGUAAUUAAUCAAUUAUCUGUUGAUUAAAGUGUUUCACCAGUGCAUUAAAACGAAACAGAACACUAAUUUUUAAUAAAGUGUUAUAUUUUGUCUUCUGUGA